AUGAUAGAGCUGUAUUACUCUCUAGGGUCUCCGCCGUGUGGAUUGGUGCUUAUGGUGCUGGCAGCUUUAAAUAUAACUUGCAACCAUCAUCUAGUUGAUAUGAUUAACAAGGAUCAACUGAAACCGGAGUUUGUGAAGCUGAAUCCUCAACACACGGUUCCCACAAUAGUGGAUGAUGAGUUCGUUUUAUGGGAGUCCAGGGCCAUAGCCAGAUAUCUGGUCAACAAGUACAGCGAAGGCCACCCUCUAUACCCUAAAGACCCGAAGCAGAGAGCGUUGAUUGACCAACGCUUGGACUUCGAUUUGGGAACUCUGAACCCCAGUUUUACGCAGUAUUUUUACCCACCUCUACUCACCGGCGCGCCGCCGAAGGUCGCUCAGCUGAAGAAGUUGGAGGAAUCAUUGAAGUACCUGGAUACCUUCCUGGAGGGUAACGAGUACGUCACGGGACCUGAACUGACCCUCGCUGACCUCGCUUUGGUGGUCACCGUCUCCUUGAUAGCUGCUGCUGGCGUAGACCUUGACCCCUUCUCUAAUGUCAAGAGGUGGUGGGAAUCCAUAAAGAACACCUUUCCAGGAUACAAGGUAUUCGACCUAAAAUGCAUGAAAGAGUUCACUAAACUGAUAGCCGAGUUUAAAAAAGUAAAAUCGCAGUUGGCGCGCAGUCAAUCAGGGCCGGGGAUGUCAAAUAUAAGUGAUGUCAACUAUGUAACUCAACCGAGCAGGUGGCCUAUAAGUCAGUCUGCGUUGCUGAACCGAAUGUGCUUGCUUGUGCAUCAGAUCCACGUACCAGAAGAUCCCCACUUCAAGCUCAUCAAGCCGGAAAAUGACUCGUCAAUUGACAGCUCCCUAAACGGUCAAUCGGAGAUCCUUCAAGCUCGUAGGCUGUCCAAUGGGAAUUUCAUAUUUCAUACACAAUCCAAUCCUGGAGUUUCUACUUUUAACACUGCUAAAAUACCAAUUCGGCCUCCGACUAAGAAAUGAAUGAUACUUAAUUUGGAACGCUCUAUUCUCGAAUCCCUAUUCCAAAAAAGUAUUGCCUAUAGGAUACUAAUUGCUGGUGAGUUCGGAGGUUAGGUAAGUAGUCGCUUCUGUAAAAAUUCGCACCUUUAAAUAAUUCCAAGUCAGGUUAAGCGGACCCUAAGUUGAGAGGCAUAAACUUUAGCAAGAU